CCAGCGAAUGCGGCAUACCCAAACCAGUCCUGGACUUUCACACCACCUACCAAUCGACAGAUCACGGCCACAAUCCGGCGCAUGAAAAAUGGAAAAGCCACAAAACCGGGGACCAUCCCUAACGAUCUCUUCAAGGCCACAUCAGAGCUUAUCACACCGUACCUGGGACCCAUCUACCGUGCGACAUUCACUCUCAGGAUAUACCCAGCUGACUGGUCCAGCACCGAAACUAUCAUACUCAAAAAACCCGGACGCCCUGACUACCGAGACCCAAAUGCAUGGCGUCCCAUCACACUCUCAAACGGGCAUGGCCGGCUCAUGAAUGCAUGUGUCGCAGAGGAAAUCACAAAACGAGCAGAGCUGCUGGGACUGCUACCAGCGCUACAGUUUGGU